UAGUUCCAAUUCCAAUUCCUUUUGCUUCUCUGCAACUCCUCAAACAAUUCUCAACCCAAAAGAAGAGAAUUCAAGUAGUCACAGUCAUAACAAUGAAGUGGGGUAGUGGUAGCAAAACCAAAAAGCCUCCACCUUCCUUUUCUGCUUCUUCUUCUACUUCUAAGCCUUCUUUGAUCUCCCAUGUCUUUCCAAGUUCAUGGCUUUCGAAGUUCAAGCAAAAGACUGGCAAUUCAGAGUCAAAACCCGGUAAAGUAAAUCGAAAAGGGAAGCGGAAUUCUCCAUCUUUGGGUUCACCAAGGAUUGCCAGUGGGGGUGGUGGCAGAUUCUAUGGUGAUGAUGAUGGUGUUGAUGGAUAUUGGAGGCUGUCUUUUGGUGAGGAUAGUGUUGAAGGAGAGAAGAAGAGUAGGGGUGCAUUACGAUCGGUUCGGUAUGAAUCCGAUGAAGAAUUUGAAGCUAAGCCCUCGAAGGUGAUAGGCAUGAGUAAAAGUGGGAAUGCUAGAGAGUGGAAGUUGAGGAAAGGAAAUAAAGGAGUUUCAGGGAAGAAGGGGUUAGAAUUAGAAAGAGAAGCAGAGGAAUCAGAAGAGAGAUCAAGCAAAACAGGCGAAGAGGAUGAUGUACUGGAAAUGUUAGCAGCAAGAACAAUGUUGACAAAGGAGAAGGAUAGUAAGCAUGGAUUGGCUUCUGGUGCAAGGAAAUAUCAUUAUGCAUCUUCGAAUCUCAAAACAAUUGAAGAAGAAGGUUCUGAAGAAAAGCCCACUUCAGAUUGGCAAAAAUUGAAGGAAAGGAAAAUACAAGAGGUGAUGGAAAAGAGUGAGAAACAUAGGAAAUCUCUCUACAUAAGCAGGGACUUACAGAGGAAACCAAGACCAAAGCGGAGUAACAGAGUCAGAGUUUGCUCUCCAAGAACAGCUUCAAGAGUUGAAAUCUGCAAAUUCAAAGCUCUCCAAGAGAUGGCGAAAGCGAAAAAGGCAGCUAAGGAGAGAAAGGUGCAGCAGGUGAGAACAGGCUUGGAUAGCUUUGCAGUGGUGAAGUGCUCAUUCGACCCGCAACAGGACUUCAGAGAUUCCAUGGUUGAGAUGAUUGUGGAGAAAAAGAUUACCCGGCCAGACGAUCUUGAAGAGCUCUUAGCUUGUUACCUGACACUGAAUUCCGAUGAAUACCAUGAUCUCAUCAUCAAGGUAUUCCGGCAGGUAUGGUUUGAUUUGAAUCAAACCUGUUUUGGUAGUGAACUACAGAAUGAUCAAUGUUGCAAUGACUAGUUUUUUUUUUUUUUUUUUUUGUUAGUGGUAGCCAAACUUAUGAUCAUAUUGUAAAAAGAAUAAUAGAUAACUAUCACUGUUACAUUUCUAGCUGCAAUUAUAGCUUUGAUCUAUUGCUUCAACAUGUGUGAAUGUCAUCAACAAGCCUAAAUUCACAGUUACAACAGAAUCCACCCUGGAUUUGAAGUUGAAAAGUGAAACUACCAA